AUGUACUGGCCCAUUGGAACCCCCAGAAUAUACGCCACCACUACCACCCCGCCGUCUAACAAGCCGAACCUCACCGUAUCCCACGAUGGGCUUUCCCCCAGUCCCGGUGCCGACGGCGUCUCGUUAUCGAGCACCGAGUCGACAGCUCCCAGAGAUCAAGAGGCGAAUGACUUGAACACCCUUGAAGCCCACGUACCCAGUACACCAAGCGUUAGGACGCCAGGCACGCCGGGUAUCAACUCCGUGGAGCAAUACGAGGGCAGCUCCCACGGUCCGCAGUCAUACUUUGCGAGGUCUGAAGAAACUACAAUUCCGUCCGGGGAGCCGGUCGUCGGGUUGAAGGUAUCCAGAUCCGGCAACCUGUUUGCAGUCAUCACAACCUCUAGCAUGACUAUUUGGCAGACCAAGCCUACUGUAGUCCAAGCCCUCGUUGUCCGAUCCGAAGCGUCCACCAAAUCUUAUGGCACCAACGUUGCACUCCUCCUCAGACCAGACGCGGCCAUUUUCGUUGUCCAGACGAGCUUGGGAUACUUGAUCACGUACUCCCUAGCAACCGAUGCCGAAUCGCGAGUCUAUAAACCUCAUUUUGCAGAUCAUACAAAUAUUCAUCGCCGACGCCAAAGCCAUUUUGGCGGACCUGACAAUAGUGCCCCUGAUCAGAUUCUAUUAGGACCGGGUGAAGGCGCCGGCGUUCGUGAUAUCAGCGUUCGUUUUAGAAGAGUAAUCAAGGUGGACGCGGGUAUUGAGUACGCCCUCGCUCUCGACGAUGAGCUAGUCGUGGCUACCCAGAGACCCGCUGCAGUCCAAUGUAUCAGAUGGACUCCAGACAGCACUGGCAGCCAGACAAGCACAGAGCUUGUCAGCCGCAUGGGCUGGCUCGAAAAGAAGACCUAUAUCACGGAAAUGACCCAUGACCGUCCUAUGAACCUCUCUACCUGGAUCACAAACGAUGGCAAGGCUUAUGCCGUUCAGCGCAUCUCGGCCAGUCAGUCGAAUACCGGCCCCGCGGUCGACCCCAAGAAGUUAUUCAAAGGCUACUGUUUUCACACGCCUCAAAAACAAGAGGACUACGCCACCAGGGCUGUCGUGAAUGCCCGGUUUUCACUCAUUGCCGUAGGGUGCGCCGAUGGUGGUAUUCAUGUCUACUCGGCUAGAGAUUAUGCUGGCAACAUCCCCCAUUCCCACGUCCACACACUUUCAGUCUCCCACAGUUCUUCCGGCUCACUCACGACCCUGAGCUAUUCUCCUGACGGAUAUUGUCUCUUCGCCGGCUACGAACAUGGAUGGGCAACGUGGAGUGUGUUUGGCAAGUCUGCCAGCCAAAGUUUCGGUGCCAGCUCUUCGAUUAUUACUGCCAACAAAGAGGAGUGGCUGGCAGGUAUCACAGAGGCCUGCUGGAUCGGCGGCGGCUGCGAAAUUCUGCUCGUCGGCCACCAGGACCAGGCUGUCUGGUCACUCGAACUGGCGCGAAGUGCAGUGACUGGUUGCUAUAGUCCGCCCAACCUCUUCCGGACGGUACUCCAGAGCUCAACUAGUGUCAUGGUUUACAGGGGGUACGAUCUCCCAGACCUUACUAGUAUCUCUGCAGAACCAUUUCUUUGGCACACAGCCAGAAUUCCAUCCAAUUAUCUCCUCAACCAGUGGCCGAUCAAGUGCACUGUUGUCUCUUCUGACGGCAGAUAUGUCGCCGUUGCUGGAAAACGCGGUCUGGCUCACUAUAGCGUCAAGAGCGGCAGGUGGAAGACCUUUACUAAUGAAGCGAUGGAGAAUGAAUUUCAAGUUAAAGGUGGAAUGUGCUGGUAUCAGCAUGUCCUUGUCGCGGCCGUCGAAGUCAACAGGUCGUACGAGCUCCGCCUCUACUCUCGAGAAGCUGCCCUCGACAAUGCAACUGUCAUGUUCACGCAGCAGAUGCCUGCGUCAAUAGUCUUGAUCACUCCCUCGGGAGACGACUCCCUAUUGGUCUACACCCAUGACAAUCUCCUUUACCACUAUAUAUUGACACCUGUCGAUGGCGUCAUACGGCCCAUACAGGUCGGUCAGAUCGCCUUUCAUGGAAUCGUCAGGUCUCCCGCGAGGGUGAGGGGUCUCAGCUGGAUCUUGCCCGAGACCCAGAUGCUGAACGGCGACCCGUCACAAGAUGUCAGAUGUGCGUCGGUGCUCUUCCUGGUCGAUGGGAAGCUUGUCCUGCUUCAACCAUCGAUGAACCACGAGGGGCAGCUAAAAUAUGAUAUGCGUGUUAUAUCCCACAACGUGGAAUACUACACCAGUAUGAGGGAUCAGUCCUCUGUCAAUAUGGUCAGUCAGGUUAGCAGCCACUUCUCUUUGGAGGCUGAGGAAGGCAAUCUGCGCAAUUCAUUGUGGGUGUUCGAGGGUCACGAACUGAAGCUGUGGCCUGACGUACAAGAUGUCUUGGAUGCCACUUCGGGCGAGUCUACAAAGGAGUUGCCCCCAAUGGUCUCGAUGCCCAUUGACUUCUACCCACUGUCUAUCCUGCUGGGCAAGGGCAUUGUCUUGGGUGUAGAGCCUGAUUUGGUUCAGCGGAGGGACGUCAGCUUCUCCUUCUUUCGUUUCUCCAUCAGAACUCACCUGUUCCUCCCCGAGAUCCUCCAGUUCCACCUGAAGUUGAACAACGGCAUUGCAGCGCUGAAACUAGCUCGACAAUAUCAAGACCUGGAAUAUUUUGCUCACGGCUUGGAGAUACUGCUUCACCAUGUCCUCGACGAAGAAGUUGACUCUGCCCCGCGGCCAGAAGAUGCAAUCCUACCGAGAGUUCUCUCCCUCCUAUCGUCCUUCAAGCAGUAUCUGGACAUUGUGGUGCAGUGCACGAGGAAGACCGAGGUCAGGUCCUGGCGAACAUUGUUUGCAUACCUACCACCACCGCAGGAGUUGUUCGAGGAAUCGCUCCAGCGCGGCUCAUUGAAGACAGCUGGCGGUUAUUUAUUGAUAUUACAUACCUUUGAAGAGCUGGAGGCUGCGUCGGAGCAGUCAGUCCGACUCUUUUCCCGGGCCAUCAGGGAAGAGGACUGGGAGCUCUGUAAAGAGCUGGCGCGGUUCCUGGCAGCAAUGGACGAGAGUGGCGAGACUCUCAGGGAGGCGAUGGAGCUGGUCAACAUCCGCGUCAAGAAAGAUUCGGAUGAUACAGACAUCAUGACGCGGCUGGAAGUACCGUCGCGCAAAACUAACGGUAACUCGGGACUGCUGCGACAAAACUCUAGCACGGGCUCCGAUGCGCAGUCGACGAGCGAUGCUAGUACGCCUCCCGUGCCUCUUGCCGGCACCCGACAUCACCAACUGUCUGUCUACCACGUCGACAUCGAACGAACGGCCCUGCGACCGCCGUUCUCCGCACCUAUGAUGGACGAGUUCGCCUCCGAGUCCGAUAGCGACUACACCAGCUAUUGGCGGGACUGGUUCAUCUCCUCGCGCGGCAACGAAUACUUCUGCGAAAUCGACGAGGACUAUCUGACCGAUCGCUUCAACCUGACGGGCCUGAAUACCGAAGUCCAGUACUACCAAUAUGCCCUCGACCUCAUCACCGAUGUCUUCGACCUUGAUUGCGACGAUGAUAUGCGAGAAACCAUCGAGAAGUCCGCGCGCCACCUCUAUGGCUUGAUACAUGCACGAUAUAUUGUUACUACGCGUGGCCUGGCUAAGAUGCUUGACAAGUAUAAGAAGGCUGAUUUCGGCAAAUGCCCCCGUGUCUUCUGCCAUUCCCAUCCUCUCCUCCCCAUGGGCCAGACCGACGCCGCCCAUCAGAAGCCUGUGAAGCUUUACUGCGUACGCUGUGAGGACGUGUACAACCCUAAAUCUUCCCGACAUGCUGCUAUCGACGGUGCCUACUUUGGCACCUCGUUUCACAAUAUCAUGUUCCAGGUCUACCCGGCUCUGGUCCCGCCCAAGAUCGCGGAACGCUACAUCCCCCGUGUCUACGGAUUCAAGGUGCAUGCGCCGGCGGCCCUGAUACGCUGGCAGAACAGCCAGCGUGCAGACAUGCUCAGACGGCUGAGAAAGAUGGAGGUCGAGAGCGGAUUUAAGGACGACGUAAACGGCGACGAAGAUUUGGACGAAGACGAGGAGGACGAGGACGUCGACCCCGAAGCGCUAGAUCCCGCCGAGGGCGAUGCAAUGCACGUUGUGGGAUGA